AGCUGAUGAUAGAAGCUGCAGAAAUUUCUCCUGUCAUCAGCCUCUUCAGAUACCUAACAUGAUUUUGGCUUUUCCUGCUCUAACAGUCGCGCUUUUGGCCGCGAUCGGCGGCCGCUGUAAUUCCAGCAGCUUGCCUUCAUUCAUCCUGCCGUUCACCGACUGCGUCCAGAGCCGUGGGAAAGACGGUUUCUACCGAGGAGCGAUAGACGUCACCGAGUCCGGCACCCGGUGCAUGAACUGGACCGAAGUGGCCGGCUUCAAGGAGCGCUACCCGGGCAAAGGAAUAGGAGAUCACAAUCACUGUCGCAACCCAGACGGCAGGAUCAGACCCUGGUGCUUUUUCUUGAACCACAGAGGCAGAGUGGACUGGGGGUACUGCGACUGUAAACAAGGAUCAGUGCGUCUGCAAGGAGGCCGCUCCAAGCUAGAUGGCAGGGUGGAGGUCUAUUUGGGAGGAGUGUGGGGGUCUGUCUGUAGCGAUGACUGGGGGGACGAAGACGCUGCAGUGGUUUGCAGACAGCUGGGCAAGGGGAUCUCAGGUCGUGCACAUGCAGUUUCUUUAUUUCGUCCAGGCAUGGCCAAACUCCAUUGGAGGGCGGUCCAUUGCCAGGGAGAGGAGCCAGACCUGCUCCAGUGUCCCAAGACUGUUUGGAAUGGGGGAGAGUGCUCUCUGGCUGCAGCUGUCACCUGCACCCAACAGAAAGUAGCGACGCUCCCUAUACGGCUGGUGGGAGGUCAGUCAGGGUCGGAGGGCACAGUUGAGGUCUUCCAUGCAGGGCAGUGGGGUUCCAUAUGCGACGACCAGUGGGACGACAGUGAUGCAGAGGUGGUGUGUCGACAGCUGGGACUGAGCGGUGUAGCAAGGGCAUGGAGCCAGGCACAUUUUGGCAAGGGUUCAGGCCGUGUGUGGCUGGAUGAGGUGCGUUGCACAGGCAAUGAGCUCACGCUGGAGCAGUGUCCAAAAAGCGCUUGGGGGGAACACAACUGUCUGCACGCUGAGGAUGCAGGAGUAUCCUGCAACCCUCUUACAGAUGGCACUAUUAGGUUAACAGGGGGUGCAGGGAGCCACGAGGGACGUUUAGAAGUCUUCUACCGUGGUCAGUGGGGGACGGUAUGUGAUGACGGCUGGACAGACUUUAACGCACAAGUAGUAUGUCGACAACUUGGUUACAGGUUAGGCGAGACCUUGCCUUCUGAAGGACUAGACAUUACACCAGUCCCACGCUUUGGGGUGGGGUCAGGUCCCAUUCUUUUGGACGAUGUGACCUGCACAGGGAAAGAACCUAGCCUUCUCCUGUGCAACAGGAGGGAGUGGCUCCGUCAUGACUGCACACACCACGAAGAUGUUAACAUUGCAUGCAGCCCUGAGCGUAAUGGGGAGAGUCUUCCAACUAGUGUGCCACUAAGACUUGUGGGAGGAGAGAGCCCAAGGGAAGGCCGGGUUGAGCUCUAUCUGUCAGGUCAGUGGGGGACCGUGUGUGAUGAUGGAUGGACUGAUCGUGACGCUGAGGUGGUGUGCCGACAGCUGGGUUACAGUGGCGUGGCAAAGGCCCGCGUGAUGGCAUACUUUGGGGAAGGGACAGGACCCAUCCAUGUGGACAACGUGAAGUGCAGUGGUGAGGAGCGUUCGUUAGCAGACUGCAUCAAACAGGCACCCGGCACACAUAACUGUCGCCACAGUGAGGAUGCCGGGGUCAUCUGUGACUAUGGUGAAUCGCAGCCCAGCUACAAAGAGGUCAACGAUCCUGUCAGCUCAAUUUGUGGUCUGCGGCUCGUACACACUCGCCAGCGCAGGAUCAUAGGAGGAGAAAACUCUCUGAGGGGUGGCUGGCCAUGGCAAGCUGCGAUUCGUUUGCGAGGCUCUCGAGGAGACGGGAGGUUGGUGUGUGGAGCGACUCUCAUCGACUCCUGCUGGGUCCUCACCUCGGCACAUUGUUUCAAGAGGUACGGAAACAGCACCAAGCAGUAUAAAGUCAGGGUGGGCGACUACCACUCCCUCGUCCCUGAGGAAUACGAAGAGGAAUACGGCAUCGAUCAAAUUGUCUUCCAUCCAAGCUACCACUCCCAUAGCAACGAUUACGACCUGGCCUUGGUUCAUCUGUCACCAGGGGCAGUGGGCCAGAUUCCGGGAGAGUGUGUGUCAUUCAGCCGUCAUGUCCUUCCCGCCUGUUUGCCUAUGAGGAAAGAGAGAGUGCUCAAACAAGCCAGCAACUGUCACAUUACUGGGUGGGGUGACACAGGUCGCUCAUAUUCCAAGACCCUACAGCAGGCCCCCCUCUCUCUUCUUCCCCGUCGCCACUGCCAGCAGCAUUUCCACGGCGCUUUCACGAGCCGCAUGCUCUGCGCCGGCAGCAUCCAGUCGGAGAGGCGUGUGGACAGUUGCCGUGGUGACAGUGGAGGUCCGCUGGUGUGUGAGCGUCCGGGAGGGGGUUGGGUGGUUUAUGGGGUCACGUCCUGGGGUCAUGCCUGCCGGACACAACAGUCCCCAGGCGUCUACACCAAAGUCUCUGCCUUCAGCUCCUGGAUACGCAAGGUGAUUGGACGUGAUGAGAAAAAGCGAUGAAAGGAGAAUUCUAAAACUGAAACUGCUGACCUCUCGAGCAGAGACAAUAACUCUAGAGACUUGCUCGACUGGUCGGGUGACAGGUGAUACAACAAUACCAGUCAAGAAUAAUUGAUGUCAUGAUGUUACGAGCUGAUUAUCCAGUGAUGUAUCUUAAAACCUGGCUUUUAAAUAGAAAGGACAAGAGGGCAACGCUGGACCUUUUUAAAUGUUCUUUGGAGAGAGGAGGGCAUAUCUUUUCUUUCAUCAAAGUCAUUAGCACUUAUUUUAAUGAUUUAAUAUUCUCAUGAACUCAUUAAAUUCCAACUCAACAAUAUGCCAUAACUUAAAUAUGUUUUUAUAUAUUUAAGUUAGGGCAAACAACUUAAAUAUGCAUUUCAUACCACACUAUAAUGUUUUUUUUUUUAGGAAUGUUUUCUUGAUUUUGUUAUUAAAUUUUAUUAUAAUUUAUGAUAUAAGAUAUGUGAGUAAAAAUGUUGAAAAGGGACCACACACAUACAAUAUACAAGCAUGCCCUCAUGCACACAAAGUAAGUAAUGGCAUGAUAUGAAUUUGCAGACUUGCACGAAGAACCCUGAUUCAGUACGUAAUGCAUGAUUUUCAGUGCUUUUGUGUUAAGCAUUCUAGUCAUAUUGACAUUUGCCAAAGUGAAUUUUGUCUUUAAACCUCAUUUCAGUCAUUUUGUUUGAAGUUUCUCCAUUGUUCUCUUUGUUUUACUUUGUGUAAAAAAAAAAAAAAAAAAAAAAAAAAAAAGCUGAUUUCAAGUCUUAAUAAUUACUCAGGCAUUUAUAAUUUAUAACCAAUCAGUAUUUGUCCAUGUCCCAGUGCUGCUUAACAUCUGCAGAGAAAGGAACAGACUGAAGUGUUUCUGAGUCAAAGCACAAAACAGUAUUUCUAAGUGUUUGUUAUAUUGAUACUGUUAAUUCAUGUUCUCUUGUCGUGGUGGAAGACAAUCUGGUACACUUGAAAAAACAAAAAACAAAAGAAAACUAACAACAGACACUACACUGCCUUCUCAUUUGGUGUUUACUGACUGUGUAUGUUUAAAUGUACUGUAUCAUUUCUUCAACUAAGAUUUUGUAAAAAAAAAAAAAAAAAAAAAAAAAAAGGCUGAGUUUGUUGUUUG